GCUGCUUUUGGUUGGAGGAAAAGUCUGUCAGAGUCAUGCAUGUGAAUUUAGAGGUAGUAUUUAUUGCAGAAUUUCAAGAGAGUUUCUAAAGUGCCUUUUGGUGUUUGAUUGAACAGUCUUCUCAUAUUGCUCACCACAUCUCACCAUGUUGAGACUCUUUGUGUUGCUUACAGCAGUGGUCUGCUGCAAUGCCUGCAAAUUCAUAAAGUUGAACAAUCAAGAUACCACUGGCAGUGAAGAAUCAGGUUGUUCUGACUCUGAUGGAAAUUUCCAUGAAUUUUACUCUGAUUGGGAGAAUGGACCUGAAACAUGUGUCUGUGUGGAAUUUGGAAUCAUCUGUUGUAAAAAGUUUGGGGACGGCACUGUCCCACCCAUCCCUGAAUCCACCCCUGGAAUCAUCAUCGAUUACUUUGGAGCAUUCACUGAGAAUGACGUCGUAGAGACUGAAGAACUCAGCAGUGAUGAAUUGCUUGCUGCUCCUGAAGUCGUUGCUGAAGACUCUCAUGAGCCAGCUGAAGACUCUCAUGAGUCAGCUGAAGACUCUCAUGAGCCAGCUGAAGACUCUCAUGAGUCAGCUGAAGACUCUCAUGAGUCAGCUGAAGACUCUCAUGAGUCAGCUGAAGACUCUCAUGAGCCAGCUGAAGACUCUCAUGAGUCAGCUGAAGACUCUCAUGAGUCAGCUGAAGACUCUCAUGAGCCAUCUGAAGACUCUCAUGAGUCAGCUGAAGACUCUCAUGAGCCAUCUGAAGACUCUCAUGAGUCAGCUGAAGACUCUCAUGAGCCAGCUGAAGACUCUCAUGAGCCAGCUGAAGACUCUCAUGAGUCAGCUGAAGACUCUCAUGAGCCAGCUGAAGACUCUCAUGAGCCAGCUGAAGACUCUCAUGAGUCAGCUGAAGACUCUCAUGAGCCAGCUGAAGACUCUCAUGAGUCAGCUGAAGACUCUCAUGAGUCAGCUGAAGACUCUCAUGAGUCAGCUGAAGACAGUGAAUAAUCCAAACAUCCUGAACAGCAAAAAAUACUUCUGCAUAUAUACUUUUUUUUAUUUUUUUUAUUUAAUGAGGCUUUACACUGAUAAAUAAACAUACCUGAGCAUC